GCAACACUCAAACCGUCAGCAGCCCCCAUGCACAAAGGACAAGAAAGGGAAAGGGGAAGUAGGAGUGCAGCACCGCAAACCAAAGCGAGGGGGGAAAUAAGGGCGGUGCUGGAAAUCCUGGACCAGUCUACGGCCAGAAGAACCAGGCACAACACCCGAGGGAAACGAAGGGGCAUGCUUCAAGCGACCUUUUCUCAACGAGCCGAUGGCUGUGCUGAGCAGGUCGCUGGCCGCGACGUUUCGGCUGGUGCCUUCCGGACGGUCUCCAACCAAAAACGGAGUGUCACCGUGGCAGUUAUCUAACUGACCGUACCACAAAGCUGCGACUGGAAGAUGUACCAAAUGAAUCCAAAUGAAUCCAAAUGAUACCAAUAUAGCAUUUCAUGGAUUAUUCAUAUAUCAUAUAUUCAUUGCAGGUCAUGGAUUAUCCGACGUAGAAUCACUGUUCAUAUCUGUUCAUCAUGUUCAGCUCGGGUUUGCCAGCUCCAAGUAAUCCAAGACCCCACGCGGUCUACCUUUCGGAAGACGUGUCAUUGCCGUACAGUACAAAUGGAAAACCUUUAACUUCGCACUGUUGGAUCCAUCCUCGUGGACAGUGCAACGAAUUAUGCGCAGUGCUACAUUGCGUUAAACGCGAGCAGAUUUUGCAUCUCAGCACACUGCAUCAGACGACUCCUCCGAUUCUGAGUCGGUCAUGCGGCCACCUGCAGGGUACUUCUUGAUCGGACUGUGGUAGCUCUCACCAUGAGUGUGUUGAUCAACACCACCAACCUCGUGCUCUUCGGGAAUGCGCAGCUUCAGCAGCAGCUUCAUGACUCCGACAAUGAUGGCAGUGCCCACAGC